AUGGAUCAGCAGGCUGGUCCCGUCAGAUACCCCUCACGGGUAUACCAACCAUUUGUGUUACGGCCUGAAAUCUUACCGCGUACGGAUAUACUCGACGAGUUGAUCCGACGAGCGCACCACUUCCGUAUCGUUGCAGUGACAGCCCCGCAAGGCUCAGGAAAGACACAAUUGAUGCGACUUCUCGCGAAUGUAUUGCUUGCACAUACGAAGCCUGUUCAUGUUAUCACCGGCUGGCCGCAAGAUGGCAUACAGGGUGGAUGGGAGAACUAUCUAAUAAGCCAAACGGGCUAUAAUGGCAAUUACUGGCUCAGCUAUGAGGCCUACUUGCUUCUCGAUGAGGCUCAGCAUACCUACUGGGAUCAGGAUUUCCACGAGAGAUUCUUCGCAAAGAUACAACCUGAAUCUGCGCCAUGUGUGAUACUGUUCGCUUCGCAUGGCUUAGAACCGAUCCUUGGUGAUCUAAAUUCCAUCCAGAGUUUUACUCCAACUGGUAAAGGGAUUGGGCUCCAUUGGGACAUCCCUCAGUCCCCAUGCCGCUCUGUUGGCCUCCUUUUUAGGAGAUAUGAAGCCGACAACUUCAUAGCAAGGUAUCACUUCGCAAGAAGCUCUCCAGCCCCAACAGACGAGAUGAAAGAAGGCUUUUUCCAGUGCACCAAUGGGAAUAUAGGGAUGUUAACAGCCCUCUUGGAUAUCCUGUUUUACUGGAGAGGAUUUGUUAACAAGCCCAACUCGUUCCAGUGGCCAAUAGUAACUCAAGCCCUCUUUAUUGACCUCCCCGCUUUGUUCCAGACAAUGCAUGACGGCCUAGGCAUCAGAACAGGUCUGGGCCUACCACAUUCCAACGAUCUCGCGACUACCUGGGAACUAUUGGAUCUUGCUGUAGCGUCCAAUGGUCUUUAUCUGGACAGAUUGGACCCUGAUAGCAAGCAGAUUCUCAGUCUCAUUUGGAGAUAUGGUUGGUUGCUCCCGCAGAACUCCAAGUUCGGUCUGCGCUUUGUGUUUGCAUCACCGAUGCACCGGUGGUAUUUCUAUCAUAUGUUGCACCCUUUGUGGGAGUCCGGGCAAGAGGGACUCCUCCACAGAGUAUCUCAGGCUCUGAGGGCAGGACAAUUCACAGCACAUAUUACAUGGAAACAUCAUUACUGAUGGCCUGUGGUCGAUGAGAUGAGAUGGCUAUGAGGGAAGGGGUAGGGUGUGUCAUUAGUUAAGUUUAAUUAGGUUAUAGGACUGACGAGGAGAUAGGAUUGUUAUUAAUUAGGCUAUAAAGUAGACGAGAAUAUACUGCAAGCCCUUUGCUUGACCUUUUCUUG